AUGGAUAUGACAUCGACAGCAGAAGCAAGUCGUUGGUACGGUAACCAGAGAUUGCCUGGAUCACCCAACACAGCCUUAUCAGCACAUCAGAAUGCUGGUGGCUCGGCUGGGGGGGUCGACGCUUCAGAAAUGAGUGCUUAUUAUGCUUUGGAAAACAGCAAUGCCCAUCGGAGAUAUUAUUCGGCAGCUGGUUACAGCCCUCACAGUACGUACCACAAAUGUUAUUUCUUUCUGUUUCAUUUUUAUUCCUGCAAACAUCUCAAUCGUGAAGUGGUUUGCUGA